GGAGGAAAUGGAGCAUUAUAUUGAUACUAUACGAUUUUCUAUGAAACAAAAGCAACUUCUCCUGAAAAUUAUUUGGCAACACUGACUGUCAUACGCCUUUCAAACCUGCAUGAUCACGGAAGCACCCGUUUGUCGUCUCCUUCAACAUGCGCCAUUCUUGCUUUUUUCCCGGUGAAAAUAAGAAAAUUAACUGAAAUGGGCACUUUUUACAGCAGUUUAAGAUCUCGCGCUGGGCCAAAUGUCAGCGCUGCAGCUCAGAGCGGAAGCCAUGUUAUAGCUCCUGUACUCACUAACAAUACAAUAACAGGCAAUGUCCACUUCCUGCAUAAUGCACCUGGUUUUACUUUUGAUCGGCUACACUCUGAAACAACACAAACUUCAGAAACAAGAUCAUUGAUUUUCAAGCAUAAGACACAGAUCUGCAGUGAGUAUCAGUAUGUGACCGAGUAUAACUCACUGCCUGGUGAACGUGUGCUGCUGUCUGAGCGCUACACACAACCUCUGAUCCUUCAGAGACACAGAGAUCAACAAGAGAGAGAAGAAGAGCUCCGCUCCAGUGGAGAGGACUUCCAGCAGGUCCUCAGCUCCAGGAGCAGUGAUGAAUCUUCCCAUCUGAACUCUCUGUUCAACCCAGAUGGGCAUGGAAUCAGUCCUAGUGCUGUCAUACUGCAGGGAAAUUCAGGGAAUGGGAAGACCUUAACUGUACAGAAGAUCAUGCUGGACUGGGUGUCUGAUAAACUCUACAAAGAACGGUUUGAUAUUGUGUUCCACUUAAAGUGUAAAGAAAUAAACCGCAUUCCUGGCAGAAAGAGUUUGGUGGAGAUCUUGAGCUACAGCUGCAAUUUAACAUCAGAUGAGAUCUCACAGAUACUACAGCAGUCACCAGAGAAGAUGCUUUUCAUCAUUGAUGGAUUUGAUGAGCUGAAACUCACACAGGACAUUUAUUACAUGUCACCUCACACUGAUGUGAUUCAGAAAGCUCCAGCUGAGGUCACUCUUUGUGCCCUGCUGAGAGGUCACAUCUUGCCAGAGUCCUUCCUGCUGGUCACCACCAGAUCUACAGCUACAGACACACUGAGUAAGCUGCUCAAAGGACCUCAGCGUUUCUCUGAGAUUAUGGGCUUCUCAGAGAAGGGGGUGGAGGAGUACUUCCAGAAGUUCUUUCAAGAUGAGGAACUUUUCAGGAGGGCUUAUACAUUUGUGAAGACAAAUGAAAACCUUUUCACCACCUGCUCUAUCCCUGUGAUUUGCUGGAUCAUCUGCACAACUAUCAAGGAACGUUUCAGAAUUGGUGCAGAUGUAACAAGCGGAUUGGAAACCACCACCUCCAUCUACGUUGACUUUGUGUCCACUCUACUGAAGCAUCACUGCCAGGGUUUAAGUCGGUCUGUCCCGACCCUGCUGAGGAGUCUGGGUCAGCUGGCAGAGAGAGGGAUGCUGGAACAACAAGUCUUGCUGGAUGAGAAUACUGUUUAUGAAACCAUUUCAGACCCUUCUGCCAAUCCAUUUCUUUGCAAGUUCCUCUUUAAAAGAAGAAUCAGCCAGGAGACAAUGUUCAGCUUUAUGCAUCUCAGCUUUCAGGAGUUCUUCACCGCUCUCUACUAUGUCAUUCUGGAUGAAGAAGAGUCCCAGAAAAAACUAAUUUCCAUUCAAGACUAUGGAUAUGCAGCUGUGGUUCAAUUUGCAUUUGGUCUCUUGAAUAAGGACGUGAUACACACACUUAGAAAAUCACUCCGUCUGUUUGUUCACCCAAACACACAGGCCCUUCUUAAAGAAUGGAUUUUGGAAGAGCUCCAAAGGAAUAUUUAUCAUGAUAGAACACUUUUUAUUCUUCACUGCCUCUAUGAACUUCACGAAGAGGACUUUGUGAUAAAAGCUAUGAAAUCCUGGAAUAGGAUUAAUGCAUAUGGUGCAUUCUUUAGAAGAACAGACUGCUGGGCCCUGCUGUACUGCUCUCAGUGCUGCCAGUGCAUCGAGGAACUGGAUCUCCUGGAUUGCAGAUUAACAUCUGAAAAGUUGAUGAUGAUUCUGCCUGCACUCCCCAAGUUUAAGAAAUUAACUUUGUCUCUAGAGGAUCCAUCGGUCUCUGAUCUUGUUGAGCUGAUGUGUGCUCUGAUGAGAGGACAGACCCUGAACUCACAGGAUGUUCAUGUCGUGUCAGAUUCUGUGAAUUGUUAUGUCCAUCUGGCAAUCAGCGAAGAGCUAUCCAGAAUCUGCAUAGACCCUCUAUGGCAUGUUGAUCCUGCAGUAUCUUUGCAAUCACUUGGUCUCACCUUGCCAUACUCAGAGCUCAACAACAACAACUGGGCCAAACUUUUUCAGAUAAUUCACCAAAAGGAUUUAGAUGCAUUAAUGCUUAUUCCCUGUUCUUUCUCUAAACUGAAAAAGAUGGAAAUAAGAGCAUACUGGCUGACCAGGAGGUUGUGUGUUUGGACCCUUCAGAUCAUCCAGAACUGCCCCAGUCUAACAGAAGUCAAGGUAGAUGCUGUUUUCUUUUUACUGGAGGAGGGAAUCAAGAUCUUACAGAGGUCACGCACAACACCAGUCUGCGUUAUGAGAGUUCAAGGGUUUGUAUUGGUGUAUCAUCAUGCUUUUUGCAUCAGUAAAUUUACUUGUAUAUCUUUUCUAUGCAGUUUAAUAGAGACUAGAGCUUUUAAGCUUCAAAACAAAAACACCAUGAAAGAUGUCUUACAGUAUGUGCCGUGUGCAGCAUAUUCCAAGUCUUCUGAAGUUACAUAAUAACAUUUUGUGAAGAACAAACCCAAUUGAGGAGCAAUCUCUUAGCUCAUUACCUGUGAAUAGCUACUUAAAUUUUGGUCUGUGUCUUCCACAAUUGUUAUUACAGUGUUUAUUUUCUAUUAAAAGCAGAUGUCAGGUUUGUUAAUGACUGCAGUGAUGCUAUGCUUUGUGCUUUCUGAUUAUGAAGGUUGGUUUGCCAUAAACAAUCUCAGAAAUGUACACUUUAUGAGGACCGUUUACUUAGCUGCAACCAGGAGGUGAUGAUUCAUUUGAGUUCUCAGGGCUUUUCUAUGGAGACUUUGCGGAAGUAAGUAAAA